AUGUCCCCCAAACCACCCUCGUCCCCACCGCAACCAGCGGACCUCAAUGCCCUCCCCCGUUUCGCCGACCCGGUUCCAUCCCCAAACCAUGCCGUCGAACUAGACCAUCUGACCGUCGAAUACACCCAGGCCUUGAUUGAUAUCCGAUCGCGUCUGCCUAAGGAAUUACGUACGCCUCAGGUUGGGAUCGUGUGUGGUUCGGGCUUGCAAGGAUUGGCGGAGUUGCUACAGGAUAGGGUCGAGGUGGACUAUGCCGAUAUUCAUGGCUUCGGGGAGAGCACCGGUGAGUUCGACUGGCACUGUGAUCGUCAGAGCGUAGUGUGAUCUUGGAGGGAGGAGACCGACGAGUAGUGCUUCCCCACAUGGCGGCGAUAUAGCACUGACCACGGUUCGUCAUUCAUUGCCCUGGCUUCGUAGUUCGUGGUCAUCAGUCUUCACUCGCAUUUGGAUAUCUAGGAAACAGCAGGGUACCGGUCGUAUGCCAAUUGGGGCGGUGAGUUGCGUCUCCUUUGUGUCGGUAUCAGUGGCCUGUGACUCCCGAGUUGAAUCAUCUUGUGCGGAGCCAACUCUCCAUUUCACCGCCGGUCCUUAGCUUUCAUGCGUACGAAGGCUUCAAGCUCGAGCAGGUCGUCGUUAGUCCGCUCGAGUCCCAAAUACGUUCCUUUCGAGACAUAUUUGCUCAUCUGGCCGUCUGCGCUUCUUCCAGUACCCGAUGAAGAUCAUGAAGCUGCUCGGCAUCCAGGUGGCCAUCAUCACCAACGCCGCCGGCGGACUGGACCCGCAGAUGGAAGUGGGCACGAUCAUUGCAUUGCAAGAUCAUAUUUCUCUGCCAUCCCUUGUAUGUGCUCCGGAUGUUUCUUCCUCGUGCCGCCUGGAAUCAGACGACUGACGAGCUUCUUCUGUCGUCAACGCUCAGACUUCGAUGAACCCCUUGAUCGGUGAGUCUUACUGAGUACAACACUCGUCUCCUCCUUGUACUGACGGGAGCCUGUUGGGUAUGAGUAUGUCUCCACAGGUCGUAAUCGAGAUGCGUUGGGUCCACGCUUCCCGCCUAUGUCGGACGCUUACGACUUUGAAUUACGCAAGACGGCGUUUAGAGCGGCCAAGACUCUGGGGUUCAAGAAGGGGACACUCAAGGAGGGCAUUUAUGCUUGGGUGCGUCAGAGAAGAUCUAGCGUUCUGCGCUUUUUAAAUGAAUGACGAGGUCGUAUCACUGGGCAGGUCGCCGGGCCGACUUAUGAAACGCGAGCCGAGCAGAGGUUUUUGAGAGCAGCUGGAGCAGAUGUCGUCGGCAUGUCGUGAGCUGGAAACCCUGCCCCUGCCAGCGCCCUUGCCCCGAGCACGACGACUAACGCAUCUACCCUUUGUUGCCGAAGUACAAUCCCCGAAGUCAUCGCGGCUCGACAUGCAGGUGUCCGAGUGCUCGUCCUUUCCCUGGUCACCAACAUCGUCGUCAACGACGCCUACCGAUCCGCCGAAGCCGAAGUCGAGGCUGAAGCCUCAUCGUCGGCAUCCGGCGUCGAGAAGCCGAAUGUUGGUCGUGAGAUCAUCGAGCAAGUCGCGGCUAGUCAUCAAGAAGUGGGUCAAAAGAUGCUUCCUUCUGCGAAACGCCCGUAAAGAGAAGACUUGACAUGGUACGGCAUUUUUUCCCGCAGGUGUUGGAUGUCUCGUCCAAGAGGGCCGACGAUAUCCGCGCGCUAGUCGAGAAGAUCAUCGAUGAUCUCAGUUUUUGA